AUGUGGCGAAUGUGCCGUCGCUCCAGGACAAUCUGUCUGUCAUUGGCACUCAUCUCCAUUUUCCUGCACCUUCUCCUGGCGCUUGUCUCACUUUCCUUGUACCGUCAGCCCUGUGACCCCCCGCUAACCCCAUGGACACACGUAUUGAAACGUCUGGUAAACAAAAGCGGCUCCUCUACGGGUAUCGGUGGUCCGACCAUAUCACCAACCUCUACCGAGAAUCGUGUUGGAACGCCUCGUAACAAACUCCUGUCGGGGAAAAGUGAAGGAAUCGCGCCGGUGAAAGCACCCCUGGCUGAACAACUGGCGGCCGGCCUGUCGAAACUGGGUGCGUUGUUUGAUCACCCUCUUUACGAUGUCCCCACCACAGCCAUGCAUGAAGAUGACUGGCUGCUGAGGGUCAAACCAAAGCGGAAGUCUGAAAGGAGCUCCCAGAUGUGGGUGAGCGCGAGCCAAGAAGGCUACGACCACUGGAACAGCAGCAGCAACAGCCAUCCCCCCUGGCUGCGCUUUCACCUCGGCAUCUCUCGUUGGCAACUCUACCCCCAUCAGGACCCCAACAUUGACUCCGUGGUCGAGCAGCUGGCCACUCACCACAUCGUUAGUGCAGUGCAGAAGACCGGAGGUACACAACUGAAGCUGGUGAUGUCAUUUCCCAACUAUGGGAAGGCCAUGUUCAAACCCAUGAAGCAGCAGAGAGAAGACGAAACCGACUACAACCUCUACUACUUCUCCGAUUUCGAGCGACACAACGCUGAAAUCGCAGCCUUUCACUUGGACAGGAUUUUGGGUUACAGGAGAGUCCCUCCUGCCGUCGGGAGGCAAGUGGAUGUGGUCAAAGAGAUCAAAAACAUCACCACUGAUCUCAAGCUGGCCAGGACGUUCUUUAACUCUCCCGUGGGAAACGUGUGCUUCUACGGCCGGUGCUCUUACUACUGUUCAACAGAGCAUGCUAUCUGUGGCCGGCCCAGGAACCUGGAGGCCUCCUUGGCCCUUAUGCUGCCCGACCUCUCCCUGGCAACCCGGAGGAGCUGGAGGUCCCCCUGGAGACGCUCCUACAGCCGCAGUAAACUAGCAAAAUGGGAGACAGAACCGGACUACUGCUCCACCAUCAAAAAGACAGGUCCAUACGACAAAGGUACCAGACUGGUGGAUUUUAUGGACCUGGUCAUACUGGACUUCCUGAUGAGUAAGUUCAUAUUUUGAUAAUACAAACUGAGUCAAAGAAGGAGGGUCACAGUAUUUUGUGACAGUGUUUUUCAACCUUUUUUGAGCCAAGGCGCAUAUUUUUCAUUGAAAAAAUCCGGAGGCACACCACCAGCAGAAAUCAUUAAGAAAUGAAACUCAGUAGACAAUAAAAAGUCGUUGUCGUAAUUGUUGGCUAUGAAUUUUAUCCAUAACCAACUAUGCAUCACUAUAGCUAUUGUCUCAAAGUAGGUGUACUGUCACAUCAUGCCGUGACUUAUUUUGACUUUUUUGGUUGUGCUCCCGUGCGUAGUGUUUUAGUUCUUGUCUUGCGCUCCUAUUUUGGUGGAUUUUCCUGUUUUUUGGUAUUUUCCUGUUGCAGUUUCAUGUCUUCCUUUGAGCGCCAUUCCCCGCACCUGCUUUGUUUUAGCAAUCAAGAAUAUUUAAGUUGUUGCUAUCUUUUUUUGUGUGGACAUUGUUCAUUGUGAUGUCAUUGUGGACGCCGUCUGCUCCACAUGCUGUAAGUCUUUGCUGUCGUCCAGCAUUCUGUUUUUGUUUACUUUGUCGCCAGUUCAGUUUUUGUUUCGUUCUACAUAGCCAUCCCUAAGCUUUAAUGCCUUUUCUUAGGGGCACUCACCUUUUGUUUAUUUUUGGUUUGAGCAUUAGAUACCUUUUUACCUGCACGCCGCCUCCCACUGUCGUCUGCACAUGUGAUCACGACAAACCAUCCCGACAUCUACAAAGCAAUUAGCUACCAGCUUCCACCUACUGAUAUUGAGGAGAAUAACAUGGUUACUCUGCCGAGCUCUAGACAGCACCGACACUCAACAACGGCACAUUAUUUGCGGAUUAUAAUUACUGCUUUGCAAAAAAUAUUUUUAAACCAAAUAGGUGAAACUAUAUAAUCUCCCACGGCACACCAGACUGUAUCUCACGGCGCUAGUGUGCGCCGAGGCACACUGGUUGAAAAACACUGCUUUAUGACACCAGAGAACACUUUCAAGCCUUUCAUCCCAAAACGGUCAAAUAAAUGUGUGAUUAAAAAACUUCAAACAUUUUUAUCUAUACUAAUAUAUUUUGUGUUCAUGCCCUUUUUUUUGGCAAAAUAACCCCUAAUUUCUUUUCAGGAGCAAAGACACAAAAUAGGGGUAUUUUUGAUGACCGUUUGGCCAAAAAUACAGUGCCUCAGGUUAAAUGUUCAGUUAUGGGUGUCAGUGAGGGUAAAAACAAAGUGUAAGCAUAACUGUAAAAACUUUGCAAGAAAGGGGAUCAUGAAAUUUAAAAAGAAAAAGAAAUAAAUAAAACUACGGCUGUUAAAUGAUUACUAUUUAAAAUCAGAUUAUUCCCAUUUUGGAAUUUGGGGAAUGAUACUUCACAGGUGGUUAGUACUCGCGUGCGUAAUUUAAAAAAUGCUUUAGAAAAUACCUCAAUAUUUGUACCCAAAUGAAAUUGUAUUGUCAGAAUGUCAUCCAGGAACAUUUUUAAACAUUUGACCUUAAUGCAUGUCAUUUAUUUGCACAAAAUUUGGUAACAGUUUUAUGUAAAGUUCU